CCAUCAGUGAAACAUCCCAAGGUUCCGAAAGGAAAGUGAAGUAUUCAGGGAGCACAGGAACGAUUUUAAGAGCAGAACUCAAACCAUGUCCGACGGUGACAGCGUCGAUGAUCUCCGCCAGAAGGGCAACCAUGAAUUUCAAAAGGGGAACCUCGACAACGCGAUCGCCUUUUACACGUCGGCCAUUGGCAUCGCAUCGGAGACGGACACGGCUGCUUACAUCGUGAACCUGUGCAACCGAUCGGCCUGUCAUUUCCAGAUGGAUGACCUCGAAAAGGCAAAGGUUGACGCGGAGCUGGCGUGGAGGGCAUCCGAGGAAUCGAACGUCAAAUCAGCGUACCGCCUGGCAAAGACCCUGAUCGGGCUGAAGGAAUUCGAGAGCGCCAUCAAGGUGUUGAAGAAAGCGCUCGACAUUCCGGAUCUCAAGGAAACAGAAAAGAAGUCCCUGCAAGAAUUGGGGAGAAAUGUCCUUACCAAGAUGGACCAACCUUCCGGAGAAGACGAGACAUCCAUCCGAUUUGCACAGAGGCCCCUGUCCAUUAGAGAAUUCAAAAAGGGAAAAUCUCUGGGGGUCGGGAAUUUUUCGGAAAUCGUCGUCGUCGAACACAAAGUCACCAAGGAAGAGUUUGCCCUUAAGAUCUUGGAGAAGAAAACUGCCGCCGAUCUGGCCAAGCGACAACACCCCAAUGUGUACAACGAAAUUGCAAUGGAGAGACGGGUGUUGUUGCAACGAGUCCCCCACCACCCGAACAUCAUCAAUAUGUACCACGCCUUUCGCGACUUUAACAAUCUUUACUAUUUGAUGGACCUCCACAACGUCAAUCCCGAUCUAUGGGCACAACUUCGAUACAACGGCAAGAUGGUAGGAGCUCCGGGGUCCCAGGUGAGGCGGUGGAUGAUGCAGCUCGUGGACGCCCUGGAACACCUCCAUCUGCACGGCAUAGUCCACCGCGACCUCAAACCCGAAAACGUUCUGCUCAACAAACGCAACCACGUGGUGGUGAUUKAUUUCGGAACCGCGAAAGACCUGAUCGAAACAGAUUUGAACGGCCCGGAAUUCGUCGGAAGUACGUUGCAUCGCACCUUGCGGUUUUCGGUGCUGUAUUGUUCCCUUUUGUUCCUGCUGUUCCGUGCAUUUUUGAUCUCGGAUGGAUACCCAAAUUGCGCAAAUUGAACCGGAACAGUCGUGUUCUAACCAGUGUCCCUCUCUUUCUGUCGCAUCUCUACACAACGCAAUCCAAUUCCAACUCCACUUGAUGCACAGCCCCCGAUUUCAUGGCACCCGAGGCGGUGACGGGGUUCAGUGGGAUGCCCAACCAGCCCGCGGCACAGGCAAUGGAACACGGCGCUGCCCCGUCCACGGCCGCGACGGAUCUCUGGGCACUGGGGGCCAUGGCGUACAUUUUGCACACGGGGUCCACUCCGUUUUGGAGCCCGAGUCCCUACCUGACGUUUCUACGAAUCAAGCGGGGGCUCUUGCCUAGGAACACCUGGGGGAUACCCGACGAGGAUGCCUGGGACUUUAUAUCCAAUCUGAUGAGGGUCGAGCAGAACGAUCGACUCGGAGCGGAUUGUUUCGAGGUGGAGUCGGGCAAGGUCCACGUGAAGGGCAAGGGAUACGACGUGCUGAGAUCCCAUCCGUAUUUCGCAAAGACGGACCCGGGCGACGAAUCGAGCGUUCUUCCGUCCCUGCAGGACCUUUGCGUUCGGGCCUGCGCGGAGCUCGCCAAGCAGGACGCCAUGGACCUGGACGUUUGCGACCGGCACCCGCCGGGGGACGGGUCGAGCCACGACCUGGAGCGGCUGUCGGUGAGGCAGCGAAGCCUGGUCUGCCACGUCCUGGACAAGUCCAAGGCCUUUUCGCGGGGGGACGAGACCCGGAUUUUCCAGCGGUUUUUCGCGUCGGAGACCGACUCCCUCCGGGCCCGGGUCCGGCCCGCGUCGCGGGACUUUGUCGGGCUGACGCAGAUGAACGACGACGAAUACAAGCCGCUGACGGGGAGGGGCAGCGACGAUCCCUACGCCACCAAGAUCGAACCCGAGCCCACGAAAAUCGCCGUGCUGACGAAUCCUAUGCUCCUCGGUGCCGGGGGGGUUUCCCCCGAACAGGAAAAAGCCUACCUAAAGGGGUGGAAGAACUGCAUAGCCGCCAUCAACAAGAAACGCCCCAGGGCGGUCGUGGUCUGCGCAAAGGCGAUCCCCCCCAAGUUCUGGAAAUUCCUGGCGAGGAUCCGGGAUUCCAUACACGUUCUGUGGAACGACGGGAGCGUGCACUAUUCCUUUUGGCUGAACGGGUUUCAGGGCCUGGUGCUGCAGUCCUCCGGGCUGACUGAGGAAUCGUCGCCGCAGAUGCUCUGGCUCCGGGAACAAAUGGAACAGGCCAGGAUGGCCAAGCAGCAGCUCUUUUGUUUCUGCGACUGCGAUCCGGGGGACCUGUCCCCCAUCGUGCAGAAACGGCUGGCCCGGGGAAGGGUCCUGUGCCUCUCGGGCUUGUCGAACCAGACGGCUCCGUUCGAGCGCGAGGUUUGCUAUUCCGCCAACGAAACCCUCGACGACGACACCUCCGUAAAGUCUACCGACAGCACCGAAGACGAGGACGAUGGUUCCACCAUGAGGGUGUACGGAACAUCCGAGAACGGCCUGCGAUGGAUCACGGUCCACGAACGAGACGAAUGGCACAGCGAGUUCGAGGCCAUCGACGUUCCGAGCGCGGUCUGAGGAUGGUUGUGCGGCGGGGGGCCCCGGUGUUCCUUGCACCCGCACACCGAAUGGCUGGACAGAAUAGUACCGUAAAAAAUAAAUGACAAAUGAUAAA